AUGGUAGAAAUGCCACCCCGACACCAGAUCAUCCAUGGCACUAGUACUGGUAGUUCGUUACCAGUCACUGAGCGCACGCGCGUCCGACACCAUCCGCAGAAACGUAAUCGCUGCGAACGAAGCCCGGAACAAUUUCUGAGCUGUAUACAAAGCCAAAGCGCGAGCCGAAAGUGUUGUCUAGCGGGAAACGUAGGCGAGACUCUCUGCACGUCGUGUGCUCGAUAUAUCCUCUUACAUCAGACGUUUCGCGAGGGUUCUGCUAGAUCAGGCUUGGGUAACGUCUUGAAGGACCCGAAUGGCAUUCUGGCCAUAAUCGCAUGCCCAAGUCUCAAGACCAUCGAUUCUGUCCUAUAUUGGUACACUAUGACCGAUUUGAGCACCGCGAACUUUUCACCACUUGUCCGGAAGAUGCAGUUCUUUUGGGGUCAGGUCCUUUGGGAUCUUGCUCGAACCGAUACCAGCAUCUUCGCGGGUAUGGUAGCCUUCACGCUGAGGAAAAAACAUGCCCUCACUCACGAAGAGCCUGGCAGUGCGGGGAAUCUCCAAUACGCGAGGCUCGCGGAGCUUACCAGUAUCAACAUCUUCAGGCAACGUGCGGUGGAGCAGAUGAGGUCCGGCCGGACUUUGGUCUGCAUGGGAGGUUUUGCAUUGAUGGCGCUAUUGAACAAUGACCACGAGCAGGCCUUGAUACAUCUGCGUGCUAUGGCCUCGACUUUCUCCAUGCUGCAUCCUAACGAAUUGGAGUGGCUUGUGACAUCAUGGGUCGAUCUCCGCGUCGCUUCCUUAGGGUUGAACCGACCACUCGUCCCAUACUACAUUCCUCAAUAUUGGCUAGAUCAAGAUUUCCAGGAGCCGAGCGACCUCAAAGUGGGCUUUGAUCGCUGCGCUACCCUCAAUGUACGCCAACUUGGCACGUUGACAGGACUCUCACUCUUUUCUCUUUUCAAGACGUUCAGGAAUCUACACAAGUCUACAUAUCUAGUUGAAACCCCGAUUCUUGCGGAAACGCCACCCUAUGCCGUUUUGUUCGACUUAAUUUACGAAAUUUGUUCGAUGGACAGCAGCUCUACGGACACUGGGCCUCGAGUCCAUCGUGGACUCAUCUUGGUCGCACUCAAAUUGAUGGCAUGGCGGAAUGCGGCGAGAUACGUCACCCAAGGUGGUGAGAUACAAGCUGCGCUUUUGAAUCGAGCGGAUUCUGUCAUAUCCCAGACCAACGGCCUUGUUGCAGCAUGGAAGCACGAAGCUGACAUUAAGAGCCUCUUGUGGACAUUGACUGUCACUUUCGCAGAAUCAGUAUUUUUCAACCCAGAUAAGUUGCCUGACUGGACGCAUUUCCUAAGAGAGGUCUGCCUCAAUAUGAAGAUUACAACCGUUCGGGGUCUGCAGAGGGCACUCAAGGAUUUUCCUUGUCUGAAUUGGUGGUUCGACAUUGUACUUACCAGACACUGGACAGAAAUCUGCCCUCCAAAAGCCGCGAGCCGAUGGCAGUCUCUUGGGCCUCUGUCUGAGCCUAAUCAAAGGUCUCUGCCUAGAUUACGAUCGUUUCCGACCGUCUUUCCAUUCCAAGCUUUCAACUAA